UUUUCCUUUUCUUCUCCCUCUUUUCAAAAUUCAUGCACAGAGGUCUUUUGUUAGCUCCUCCUCUUCUCUCAUAUUCGUAUCCUCCUUCCCAUUCACUUCAUAACUAUCAGCAUCAACAGCCUCCACCUCUCCUUCCUCUACGAAUCCCCAACAAUAAAACCCUUCACACCUCUCUCCCAUCUCUGAGCCGGAAUCUCUCUUGUCCUCCCACUAAUAAAAAGUUCAACAGGACAAGAGACCAAUCUCUGACCCCUAAGAAAGCAAAACAACCCACCACCAAGAGACCAGAGCAAGAGCCAAAGACAGAUUUUUUAAAACCUGCUAAAAAACCAAUAGCAGAGUCUUUGAUCUUCACAUCGGUCGACCCUUUAGGACCAGACCCAAAUGAUCUUCCUAAGAAUGUAUCUAAGAUUUUAUCUGCAGGUAUUGAUGCUGUUAGUGGUUUUGAGUUUGAGAAGUUUUCAGGUUUUGGGUUUACUAUAUCUCCACCUCCAAGUAGCUUGCCUUUGCCUAAGUUUUCUCUCAGACCCAAGCUCAUCAGUUGUAACGCUGAAGCUGCAGGGAUUGAUGCUGGAGCAACAGACAAUCUCCGCCGANUGACAUAUCAAUAUGAUAAAGCGUCAAUCGGAGAUAAGGAGGAGAAAAUUUUCAAAAGAGUGUGGUUUCUUCACACAAGGUAUUCAGGUGCAAAAGAACGGAUUAUUCGUGGUUGUACUGGUGUUCAAAUGUCUUGGAUUCGUUCGAGUGUAGAUAAAUCAAGGCGAGAGGACAAGGAGUGA